AUGUGUCCGCUGAGGAAGCCAUUGCGGUCCAUGAUAGAGAGUCUGGCCUUUGGCGAUGCGACCAAUGUCAACGUGUUCACCAGAAGCGAUACCUUCUCAACCAAUGCAUCACGAAACACGCCAGACAAUUCAAGUGCACAGAAGAGGGUUGCUCUUCAACGUUUGUUUACAGGAAGGAUCUACGCCGCCAUCGGGAGGACAGACAUCCUGAAACUGUUGAGGGUUUCUUACCUUACUUCUGCCCUCACAAUGGCUGCAAGUAUUCGGAAGGGAAAGGCCGUGGAUUUCCCAGGAAAUACAAUCGCGAUAGGCACGUCCGCACACAGCAUCGCAACCAGCCCUUGGGCUAUUAGAGUUAGACUCAAUGAAACCGAAUGCCAGGCAUAA